UUAAGACGGGGGCAGUCGCGCGUCCGUUGACAUUAAAAUGGCAGCAAACAAUCAUGUUUAUCGCCAAAUGGUGACAAAAUUAUUAAAAAUAUAUCAGAAUGAAAGGUGUUUGUGGGAUACAACGCGAAAAGAUUAUCAUAUCAAGCCUAUUCGGCAGGCUGCUUUAAAAAAACUUUUAAAAGUGAUUAGAACAGUAGAGCCUGAUGCUCAAAUACCCGACGUAGUAAAGAGGAUACGAAGUCUGAGAACAUGCUACAGAAGAGAACGAACCAAGGUGGAAGCAUCAAUGCAAUAUGAUGGUGACUUAUACGAACCAACACUUUGGUAUUAUAACCAACUAACGUUCCUAGAUGAUUUAGACCCUGAAUCUCCAGAAAACAAUAAUGAUGAUCAUGAAACUACAGAAGACAAAAGUUGGCAGGAAGCUGAUGUUGAAGAAGAAAUCAACUUUGUUAGUGCUCACGAAUAUCCUACGUCUUCAAAAGAAGAAUACUUGGAAACAAUAAGCGAAACUGACGAAAGUGAACCUGAGACCGACCGACUCGAACCAUCAAGCAGUAAAAGUGCAGCGAAGUCGCGAUCAAAAUUUGCAACUAAAAGAUCAUUUGAUAAUUCCUCUUUGCCCAAUAAUGUUGUUAAUUUAUUAAACACAUGUAUCAAACGAUCUAGACUGGAAAAUACGAAUCCCGAUCGCCACGACAUUUAUUGUAACUCUCUUGCUAUGAAAUUACGAUGUUUAGAUAAUCAUCAGAGGAUUUUUGCUGAAAAAUUGAUAAAUGACGUAAUGUUUGAAGCAGAGUUGGGUAACUUAAAUACAGAAUUUAAACUUGUAAAAUUACAGACUAAGUCUACAGGUUUUGAUUAGAGUAGAAAAGAGAAAAAAACCACAUAUGUACAUACAUAUGUAAGAUGAUCGGGAUUCAUUACUAAUACAUACAUACAUACAUACAUAAAAUCACGCCUCUUUCCCGGAGGGGUAGGCAGAGACUACCUCUUUCCACUUGCCACGAUCUCUGCAUACUUCUUUCGCUUCGUCCACAUUCAUAACUCUCUUCAUACAAGCUCGGCGGUUUCGGGUACUU